AUGAGAAGACAAUGGGUAUGCUUUCGUGGUCCAAUCAUUCUAGACCGUAGACAAAGAAGGCAUACUUGUGUGUACGAUUCUAAGACUUUGAGAGCAAGAAGACUAAGAAACGCUGUAUCGCUGAACAACCUUGAUUUGGUCCGUCGCUUGCUCCAAACAGGAGUCAGCGCCAACAGCAGCGACAGCCAACGCAGAAGUCCUUUACAUUUGGCCUCCUGCAAAGGCUACACACAGAUGGUGAAGCUGCUCAUCGAACACGGAGCAGACGCCAACAUCAAAGACGACUUAGGAAACACUCCCCUACACUUAGCAGCCUGCACCAACAACAUAGAAAUCAUCACCCUCCUCCUAGACGGGGGAGCUGAUGUCUCAUCCCUAGACAACUGCGGUAGAAAUCCUUUACAGUUGGCUCAGAGCAAGCUGAGGCUGAUCAUAGAAAUGAACAAGAAGAGGAUCGAGCCUCCUGAGAUGCAGAAAUUGAAAGAUCAAGUGCAACAGGUGGUCAGUAUGUUGUUGACAUUUCUGCAGAAGCAGAAGGACGCUCGAGUCGAAUUGGACGAUUUGAGUGAUAAACUUAAUAAGUUGAAAACUUCAGAAAUUAAUGAUAUUGAUGGAGAGGUUUCGAAAUUGUUGGACGACUUGCAAAUCUUAGAGAUAAAGAAGUAAGUUAAAAUGUUAGUUUGUAAAUGUUGAUUAUUUAUAAUCAUGCAAUAGAUAUAAAGAUAUAUAUUUAAGGUGAACAUUUUUACUGAAGUUACUGAUCCAUGGGGACAGUUUUAUUCAAGAGUCAGUGAUAGACAUUCUUUCAAGAUAUUAAAAAUGUGUUAUUAAUGGGGCAAUUAUGCCGUAGCAGAGCUCAUGAAAUGGCGUUGUCAUGGCAACGCAUUCUUAUGCUUGUUCAUGGUAUUGAAAAUUAUGAAAAUGUCUAUUUAUUUGCCUAUUAUUUUACAUAUAAACAAGCAAUAGAGAAUGUUAUGAUAACUGCACCAUUUAAAAUUCUGUUAUCAUAUGAUUAUUCCUUGCUUGUUCAUAUGUAAAAUACACCUGUGCACACGGCAAAUAGAUAAACAUUUUCAUAAUUUUUACUACCAAGAACAAGCAAAAAAAAAGCGUUGCUAUGACAACGCUAUUUUAUGAGUUCUGUUACGGCAGAAUUGCCCCAUAAGUAAUAUCUUGGCAUAUAAUGAGAUUACAGAUUGAUUAUAACUGCCAUGAGAAAAAUCAGAAAAAAAUCUUUCACAACCACUUUGAAUAUUAUGGACUUUAAAGAAACUUAGAAAGUUGGUUUGCAAAUUAUGAGAGAGAUGGACAGAGUACAUGUUUACCAUGAGCGAGCGAGACAGAUAGUGUUGUCUCUGUUGGGGUCAAACAUUUGAUUUUAUGAUAUUUUCAUUUUUUAAGUCGUGUUUUUAAUAUGAAACUAACAAGUUUUGUACCAUUUUACAAUCCUGAUUAAACACGCGAACUUUUAAUAUCACUUGCCAAGGCACUUAGUACAUGGGACAUUUCCCAAAAAUGUAAAAUUGGGUUUAUAAUGAAACUCUUGUUGACUUAUUUGUUUCACUAAUUUAUUCCCUUAUGAUUUACAUGUGCAUAACUUAACUUAUUUAUUUAAUUUAUUAUUGUUUAUUUUAUUUAUUUAUUUAACUGGUUUUGCGAGUUACGCGGGUACUUUCUUAUGUCCUUUCUUAUUGACGCUUAAACUUGUACUGAAAAUUAUACCUAAUAUUUUGGGUUAAUAUUUUUUAUUGCCCUGUAUGGAGCAAACAGCUUUGUGCUUGUGCGUUGUUGCAUUUUUUGUACAUUGAAUUUUAAAAUUUUUGAAUUCAUAGUUUAACAAAUAGUUUUUACUCUAGAAGAC